UGUUGAACUUGUCGAGCUAUGGACGACGACGAGCAUGCGUUCGACUUUGGCGUGUCCGCGGCGCCCGCGUCGUUGCAAACGCACAACGAGAUUUGGGCAGACAUCAAGCAUCGCUGCCGCGAGAUGAGCAGUGCCAAGACGAAGAAGAAUCGAGGUCCUGCCUUGAUGGAGUUUCAGAACAUGGUGUCGUCGCUCAAGCACCAACAGGUCUUGCACGCAAGCGGCACGUGGAGCUUCGUGAUCACAGCGCUCAUUCAAGUCAUUGAAGUGGACUUCUCAGCUCUCCUCAAGAAGAAACAUGCAACAGGGGGGGAUUUCAAACUCGACCACGAAGCCACGAUGAACAAUUUGCUUGACUACGCUCACACACACACUUCGCCUGCAAGCUCCACGGCAGUGCUCGAUCGCGACACCGUCGGCCGCACCGCACUGAAGCGACUGGUAUCCUUUUGCGAAGCGAUCCUCGUCAAACCAAGUCUCGAGCAAACACCGGCAGAAGGCAGUGCCCUUCGCAUUUUGGACAAGCUCUUCCGAUUCAAUGCAUACUGUCGCGCGGUGGACGAGUCGAAGCUGAAAAAAGUGCUUGAACGCGUCCUCUACGUGCUCAACGAUCGCACGUCUUCGAACUUGUUGCUCGCAUCCAGGAUUGCGUUGAGCAUCCUGACGAAUUUCCAGUCGGAUUUGCACACACGAUUGCCUGGUUUCAUGGAAUUCUUCCACCAGUGGUUCCAAGAUAUCCGAUCGGAAGCUGAAGGCAGUCGGUUGCCCCAUCCCUCGUACGGAAGAAGCGUAUCCGUGGAUGCGGUCGCGCGGAAUGUGCUGAGCUGCAUGGUCGUGCUCAUGCGGCAGUAUGGUCCCCACAUGGUCCCGCUCCUGCAAGUACAUGCCCACGAGGUCGUGCAGUAUGUUCUGUACAAUCUCAAGGACGACGUGGUCGUCCUGUCGACGGAACCAGCCGAAUUUCUCAUCAUGUACUAUCGUUUAGUGCAUUAUAGCACAGCCGCGCCAUCGUCCAUCCAGGUCCGCGAACUCAAGCAGUUGCAUGCUAUGUGCGUUUUGGACAAUAAGAUUCUCGCCACGGUUGUCCGCCAUGUCGCCACGACAUUCAAAGCACGAACACCCGCCUCGUUCAAUGAGAAAGCCAUCUUGUGGCUGAGUAUGGUGGCAGACGUGAUGUUUUACACUGACCAGUGGAGUUUUCGUGACUCCACGACCAAAAGAUCUCGCCACAUGACUGGACUGGACACCAUCCUGACGCAUUUGCAAGUGGACGCAGUCUCUCCAACAGCAGUGCCGCAAAUCUCUCAACUCACGUCGACUCAAACGUUCAAGGAUGUCGCGUUGCCGCGGUUGAAAUGGCUACUUCUGAUGCAAGCACUUCUCUCCCGCCACGGACACUGGCUGGUGGAGCAUCAAGUCGAUGGUUUACAGUCGCUCCAGUCGUUGUUGAUGAAGUUGUUGGAGGAUGGAAAACUCGAGGCCGAGUGCAAAGAACAGACUUUGCAGUGCCUCUUGAGCCUGGCGUUGUACAUGCCCAACGAAAACGGAUCGAGUUCAUGGCACCGUCUGUGGCAAACGCUCCUCUCGGACUAUUCCUUUCGCAACAUGACCAAAUUCGAGUCGGGCGAUGUUGUGGUACAACUUUUAUCCGCCCUUGUCGCGCUCAACUACGUGUCGGCCGCCAUGCUUGAAUGCGAUCUUGCUGCGAUUUUGGAGUUUCCCGUCUUUUCAAGCCCUUCCGUGCAUGCAACGUUGUUGCUGCAUUUGAUCCAAACUCGAGUCGACACAAACUCGUGUAAGGGGGUGUGGUCUCUGCAAGACAUUUCAGCGUACUUCUUUAAAACGCUUGCGCAGCAGAGCUUUGCACGCGAUGGAAUCGGUCAUGCCACACCACUUCUCGUGUCUGCGAUCGGGUCGAUCGUUUCGAGCGGUCCGACAGGAUUGGACUGCACUCCGUACCUCGUUUCGGCACUCUGGGUUGGCUGCACGACGUGCGACUUACCCGAUCAUGUGGCCGCCGUGUAUUCCAAGCGAGAUAGCGAUGUGUUUCAAGUGCGUCGCCAUGCUCAAUUGACCCGACUUGCCGAAUACUUCGCACGCGAAUGCCAAAACAAUCGAGACGUUGUCCCGCUUCCCACGUCGGGAAGGAUUGCGUUUCCAACGUUUGUCGAUUUGAGAAUCACGCUAGACCCGUCGGCCUUGGUUGCUGCCAGAGCCGUCCACGUCAAGCACUCACCUGCCAAGUCGCAAGCCGUCAUGACGGGGAACUCCAUCUUACUGGAUGAAAUGCACAAACUGUUUGACGACGUGGUUGAAAUGUGCGACACAUCCUCAACCGACCAAUUCGUCGCCUGCGUUGAAGCGUUGAUGAAUGUUGGCGUUGUGUUUGCGGGCGUGGUAGAUGUGUUUUCGUUGGACGCGCCCAUUGUCAUGAAGAAUCUUCUGACGGCUGUUUGGUCGCGUAUGUCCAAGUGGCUGGCGUCGCCAAACGCCGUUGGGUUGCUGCAGAAACUGCUGUGCAUGUUGCAACUGCUCGGUCGCAGUGGAUGCGUGGACCAAGAUGGUAAAGGCAAGUUUCCGCCGUCAUGUCGGGCCAUCCUUUCGUGCAUCGGUACCAAUGUGGAGGAAUUCAUCACGACAAAUAAAAAUGCAGAUGUUCCUGACGUCGACGACGAUGAAGUUGACACAAGUCGAUGGGCAAGCGUUGCUUUCAAGAAAUCCCAGUCCCGGUUGUGGUGCCUCCGUAUUCACCAAUUGCUCCAGUACGAGCAACGACGGGCGUCCAUGAGCAGUCAGUCCUCCAAGCAAGAAGACUCGGCGCAGUUGAUUCGCCAAGUCGUCGAACAAAAUUACGUGUCUGCGUUUCAGUGUCUGGCGCUUAUUCCAUCGCUUGGACGACCGCUCACGAACGAAGGACUCGCCACGAUAGUGUUUUUGCUUCAGAGCACACUGGUGAGCCACCCUGUGGAAGUAUGCGAGCACCUGGAACAUGUCGCAGUUGCCAUUUCUCGGCAGCAAUUCAAAGGCACAAGUGCGUCGUAUGAUCUCGGCGUGGUCUUUGAUACGUUGCUGGAGCUGCGAAAGACCAAAAAAUCCCCUCGUCACUUGCGCCGUGCCCUUAUUUUGGCCUACGAGCAGCUUUUUCUCAUGGACGUCGAUCGGUUUGUGGACUUUUCCGACUACAUGAUGGCGUCAUUCCUUGAUCACGACAUUGGCGUCCAAGUUGCGAGCCUCAGUGUGCUCCAGUCGGCGUAUGCCAAGUACGACGAAGGCGUUGUCGCGAUCUUUCACGACGUCGAGAGUUUGCUCAAGAACCAAGCAAGUCACAUGAUCGUCGCAGCGCUGGCUUGUUUUAUCUCUGCUGGAAGCGCUGAUGUGUUGCUCAGUCGUGUCUUGGCGCUGUACAGUCUGUGGUUUGACGCCGAGCCAGAGUUGUUUCGAGCUUGUACGGACGGGCUAGCAACGUUGUAUGGCUACGAAACACCCUUGUCCAUGCUGGAGGACAUGUGUUGGCCGACGUUGUGCCACUACGCUGAGCUUGGCCCUCAGUUGAAGGCAAAGCGAGACCUCUCUCAGUUUCCCAUGGCAUUGUUUGGAGAGUCCUUGGUCCGACUGACGGAAAGCCAUCUCGUUCCAUCGUUUGCGUCGUUGGUCUUGUUGCUGAACGAGUCAAAUCAAGAUUUUCAUCACCUGGACAAACUCAACAUACCCAACGUGACGGAGCUCAAGCCGAGCGUUCUCGUGGUCCUGGCGUGGGCGAAACAGAAAUCCACGCCAUGUGCCGUGACGCCGGAAAUGACAUUGACGAUUCUGCACUAUCUUUUGAAUUUGAACGCGUACGCGGCGGAAACCUACCCUUUGCAAUGGUGCACGUUUGAGGCGAUGGUGUGUCGCCCAGUUAACUUGGUCGACAUUGCGUUGAUGCUUCAUGCGUGGCUCGGCGAACACCGCCUCAAGUCGUUGGCCACGGAGCCGAUCAAGUUCCUGUGCGAAGCCGUGGAUGCGCUGUCGACUGGUUCUUCUAACGGGCACGCGAUAUCGCAGCGGAUUGUGCUGCACGUGUUGCUGCAGCAUGCCCAAAUAUUUGACGUGGUUUGUGCGCUCAAACGUGUGUGCGACCAAUGGGCGCGAGAUCCCGAUGUGUUUGGCCAAAACGUGAACUUUUUAAUUUGUGGUCUCGUUCUGCGGUACACAGCUCUCCCGAUGAAGAACCAAGAAGUCGUCGAAGAUAUCGCGCACGCGAUCAGCCGCGUGCAAAAAUUGGGCAAGUUCCUCGCGAAACUGAAUCCAUUUCCGUCCAACAUUUCGCCUGGUUUAAAUCAACUCCAGCGCUCGUACAGCACGGACGAGCCUGUCAUUCAAACCCUGGCUGAAAAGUUCACGCGACCGCUGCUCCAAACGUCUCCUUUGACGACGGAAGGGUUGCGCUCACUUCAAGACAUUGUUGUGUCCAACGCAGACGAGCAACACGUCCCCACGAUUGUGCAUGGCCUUUUGGCCAAAGCAUAUCAAAAUGCCUUGCGUGAAAAUGAUACGGACAAACAGGUCCAGAUUGCGACAUGUUUGGGACUGAUGGGAGCGGUGUUUCCAGCAGAUAUCCUAAGCCAUGAUGUUGGGAGACUGGAAGUGCUCUACCUUCAACUGUUCUCUCGCCCUUCCCUGGCUGCUCUGUCCAAAGCGAAGGAUGCCUGGUUGGAACUGUUGGGCAAGUUGCUCGAAUGCUUGAUCCUGAUGUUAUUUGAAUCCGAUGGCAAGGUCGUGCAUAUCGCUCACAACACCGUCAAAGCUCUCUUACAACUGGAAGAAGUCCAAGUCGCCGUCGACCACAUGAAGAGCCAUUCCCAUGGUCUCAAAACUUUUCUUCAGAACAUCCCCUCCGCGAUGCUUCCUCCACGACCACCUCCGCUCGUUCGAACGACGUCCAGGUGGUCGCCGGCGGACCACGCAUCAUUUCGCGAGUGGGUUUGCCAUGUUUGCUGCUUGCUAAUCAAACAAAGCCGACACCCCACCUUCGCAGUGUGCCUUGAAAUGUGCGCUUUCCACGAACGCAUUGCCGUGUUCUUGCUUCCGUUGGCGAUCUACUUCGUCCUUGGCACGGAUGCCACGGAAUUGGUCAUGCUGGAACAGUUGUUGGUCCAAGAAAGCUCGCUGCCUCUGAAACACGGCCAAGUUCUCGUCCAGACAAUCAAUUAUGUUCGGCACCUUCAAAUGAUAAAGUCGCAGCACGCAUCGUGGUCGUUGCCGUAUCUGCAAGUUGCUCAAUUGGCGCUGCGGUGCAAAAUGCCGUAUUCGGCGCUCCAGUACGUGGAGCUGCAUCUGGAACAAACGUUUGGAACAAUCCAGCCCGACGAUCGACUGUCGUCCGACGUGACAAAUAUUCUACUUCAAGCGUACAAAGAAAUCAACGCUGUGGAUGCCAUCGAUGGCGUCCGACAAGUCGGGCACUCCUUUGCGGAUCAGCUCGCGAUCUACGCGCUGGAGAAAAGGUUUUCCGACUGCUUGCCGCUCUACGAUGCCAUUUCCCGUCAGGAGGGGACGCAAGCGCACCACAACGGACUGGCGAAAACCCUCCACUCCUUGGGCUACACGAAUUUGCUCGAAACGUACUUGUCGACCCAUGACUCGUCUGGUAUCAGCAAGUUUCAGUACCAAAUGGCAUGGAAACAAAACCAGUGGUCGCUAAAAGCGCCAGCAGCGACGACGCCAACUUCUGCCAACUUUCAUGGGUUGCUCUACGGCUGUCUCAAGUCCAUGGCAACCAACGACGGCCACCAAUUCCACCAACUCGUCGUCCAGGCUAAAACUUCGAUCCUUGCCAACCAGGACCUGUCUUUCACGGGCCUUGAAAUGACCAAGACGCUGCAUAAAUCGAUGGUUCAGUUGGAGACAGUGGCCAAGUUAGAGUGUGUUUGGAAGAUCAAAGACGAGCAAGCUCAACCGUCCGUUCUUGGCUCAAGUGUCGCUGACGUCGAUGGGCAGCUCCACGACCUGAUUGACAAAUGGAAGCAACGCCAUGCCGUGUACGAAGAAGAUUUUGACACGUACUCGACAAUGCUGCAGCUCGAGAUGUGCUGCUUGUCCAUUGUCGAAGGACGGACGUAUUUGCCAGCAUGGCAGCUAAAAUUGGCCCAAGCAGCAAGGCAAGCGAAACGAGUCGCUAUCGCGAUCCGCGCGUUGAACGAGCUCGAAACAAUGCCGAUGGGUCCCACGGAAACGAUUUCGUUCCUCAUGGAAAAGGCCAACUUGUACUAUUCCAUCAAGGAGAGCUAUCGUGCUCUAGAAAUUGCGAAGACCAUCCACAAACAUCUCACAACCAACCAAGACAACGAUGGUCUGGCGCUGGCGCACGUAAACUCGACCAUUGGGCAAUGGUUGGCCGAGAUGAAGGCCGAGCGAAGUGAAGUGAUCCAGACAAAGUACUUGUCGGCGGCAACGCAGAUUUUCGAAACGAUGGACUCGGGCCUGCAGUGUGGCAAGGAAGCGUCCCGCGCGUAUCGAAUGCUGGCCGACUACACAUUUGACAUGUACAAUCAAGUCAAGACCCGCGUCGAGUCGAAGGAGUGGAAGCGCGGGAAAAAAGUUGCCGAGGCUCAAGAGGCCGAGCUGAGGCUCUUUGACGCUUCCGCCGGCGCGCAAAAGGCACACACGCGCCACGGCGUCCUUCGGAAACAGGUCGAGUACGACAAGAAGGAACGGCAUGCGGUCGAGUCGUCCGUCGACAAGUUCCUCACAAUCGCAUUGAAGAACUAUGGCUUAAGCUUGCGGUUCACCGCCGAUGGCGACAUGACCCCGGUGUUUCGCAUCUUGUCGUUGUGGUUCCGGCACUUUCAGAACCCCGUUGUGAAUGAACAAGUCGACGAAAUCAUUCGAAUCGUGCCGUCGUACAAGUUUAUUCCGCUGUCGUACCAAGUAAUCUCGCGCCUUGGAACGUCUCAUCCAAGCAUCCAAGAGCUCGUACGAAAGCUCACAACGGAACACCCACACCACACGAUCGUGCAGCUCUUGGCGCUCAAGAAUGGAUCCAAACGCGGGACGGCCGCGUAUCGCGAUAACAUUGGCGUGCUCAAGUCCGACGAGGCGGUGAAUGUCCUGACCUUUGUCAAACGGGCGAGUUCGACGUUGGCAGCGCUGGUUGAGAACAUGGAGGUGCUCUGUGACGCCUACAUAACCCUUGCUCUCCAUGACACAAAGGAAUACGAACGGCGAGGAAUGAAAAAGAUCGCGUUGGCCAACAUCCUCGUCGGGCGAGAUCGCGUGCCGUUUGACAACUGCUUGCGACUGCGGAAGUUUAACCAGGCUGGGCUAGCGCGCCCGGCAGUGCUCACGUAUGCGAUCAAGCCUCGUUCGGACGGCGACUACUCGAACGUACCGCGCGUCCAGUCGUUUGAGAAGGAGUUUACUGUGACCGACUCGGGUGUCCACAAGCCCAAGAUCAUCUAUUGCUACGGCUCCGACGGCAUCCGGCGCAAGCAGUUGGUCAAAGGAAACGACGACACCCGCCAGGACUUGGUGAUCGAGCAAGCGUUUGACAUGGUCAACUCGUUCUUGAACGAAGAUCCUAACACGCGAGGGCGCCACCUCCAGAUCAAGACGUACAAGGUGACGCCGUUAGAUACCGUCGCGGGCGUGUUGGAGUGGGUCGAUAAUACGAUGCCGAUGGGGGGCUACCUCAAUGGAAAGCCCAUGGACGCCCACAUGCGAUACCAUCCCAACGAGUGGAAGCACGUGCAGUGUCGGUCGUACUUGCAAAAAGCCACCGACAAGUAUCAAGCAUUCAUGGAGAUUCAAGCGCAUUUUACUCCUGUGUUUCACCACUACUUUUUGGAAAAGUACCCGGAUCCUGCGACGUGGUACGCGCGCCGCGAGGCGUACACGCGCAGCGUGGCCGUGACGUCGAUUGUCGGCCACAUUCUCGGCAUUGGCGAUCGGCAUUCGCAAAACAUCCUGAUCGACGAAGCGAGCGGGGAGCUUGUUCACAUUGACUUUGGUGUGGUGUUUGAUCAAGGCAUGACACUCAUUACACCCGAGACGGUCCCGUUCCGUCUGACACGCGAUGUCGUGGAUGGCAUGGGGGUGAAUGGCGUCGACGGGGUCUUCACUCGCUGCUGCGAAGAAACCCUCAAGGUCCUUCGAAAGAAGGGCAAUGCACUCUCCACGAUCGUCGAAGUCUUUAUUCACGAUCCGCUCUACAACUGGACAUUGUCCCCGGGUCGUGCGCUGCAAGUGCAAAAGGACAAGAUGGAAAACGAUUUGCAAGUUGCCCGCGCCGACGACAAGGGCACGGACGACGACGAGAACGUGGCCGACUUGGCAGCUCGUGUGCUGCUUCGAGUCAAACAGAAACUGCAGGGCUACGAAGACCCGACGAGCGAGGCCAUGAGCGUCGAAGGCCAGGUGAAGCACCUCAUUCAAGUCGCACGAGAUCCCCACAACUUGUGCAAGAUUUACCCAGGCUGGGGACCGUGGCUGUAGUGUGGCGACGUGACGAUCGUCGGAAAAUUUUGAAGUCCAUUUAUCCGGAUUUGUCCGGUUUUUGCUUCGAGACAUUGCAGCAAAUCGAC